CUCUAGAAGUGGCUGGCGGCUUAGACGCACGUAUACUUGUCGAAACGCCGCUUCACUUGCUGCGCCAGUACAACAUCGCUGCUCGCAGACGCUUCGUUCGCGUGGCGUGGGCGUCCAGAGUACUUCUAGCCCACUGCACGCCAUCGCCGCGUCGUCACACCUCGCCGGCGCAUGCGAACACUGCUCAGCGCUCUCUGCUGCAUCGCUAUCGUCCAAAGCACCGCAUCGAUAAGGAACAAAAUGGCCGCGCUCAUCACCGGCGACUGGUUCGCCGAGUCCGAAGUGAUGUGGCCCGGCCAGCGUUUUUCGUUGAAAGUCAAGAAGGACGGCGUCCUGCACCGCUCCCGCUCGAAAUUCCAGGACAUUCUCGUCUUCCAGUCCGAGACGUAUGGGAAAGUUUUAGUGUUAGAUGGCGUGAUCCAAUUAACUGAAAGAGAUGAAUUUGCUUAUCAGGAGAUGAUCGCCCAUCUGCCGUUGUUCGCCCACGCGGAACCCAAACGAGUGUGCAUCGUGGGCGGCGGCGACGGCGGUGUCCUGCGGGAGGUCGCGCGGCACUCGUGCGUCGAAGUGAUCGACAUGUGCGAGAUCGACGAGCAGGUCGUCGCAGUGGCGAAGGAGCACUUCUCGGAUUCUACGGCUACGUCCUUCGACGAUCCUCGCUUGACCCUGGUGCAUGCGGACGCUGCCGCGUAUCUCAAGGCGAUUGUGGAUGGAAAGGGUGAUUCUAGCGACCCGGCCAUCGCGGCGGCGUUGAAACGACGCUCGAGUCAGUGGCCGGGCUACGAUGUGAUUAUUGUGGACUCUUCGGAUCCAGUCGGACCGGCCGAGACGCUCUUCGCGCCGGCCUUCUACGACUCCAUGAAGGCCGCAUUGGCACCAAAUGGCAUCGUCUGCACGCAGGGCGAGUGCUUGUGGCUGCAUCUACCUCUUAUAGCGAAGGUCGUGACCGCCUGCCGCGCGACGUUUCCCUCGGUAGAAUACGCGUACACCACGGUGCCGACGUACCCUUCCGGCCAGAUCGGCUUCGUGCUCUGUUCGCUGGACGACGGCGAGCGGGCGCUCAUCCGGCCGACGCGCGCACCAACAACAUCGCUCCAAAAGCUAUUGAGGUACUACAAUCCCGACGUCCACGCGGCGUCCUUCAUCCUGCCGGAGUUCGCGGCGCGCGAGCUGAAGAAGUCCCGGUGAUGGGCGGCGGGGUC